CUGUAAAAAAUUCUGUUACAGUUGUGAGAGUAAGCAGCUUUCAGAGAGCGGCAAUCUCAGCAGCUUGGGUGUUCAGGGAAGGGGUAGGCUUGGACAAGAAAACAAAGGCUGUAUUGUCUUGACUGCCGCGUGGGCGAGGCAGUCACAUAUUAUUCUCACAAGCAAGCGUUCCUCACGGACUCUUAAAAGUCCGCAUUAUUUAAAAUGAAAAUACUUUUACUAUAGGCUUGUUCUUUCUAUUCACACUCUCUUUUAUUGUAUGUUGACUUUUUCUGCAUCACUAGCUGUUCCAUCAAAAAUAUUGCAUUUCAAUGAUCUUUUAUAUAAUUUUUGCAGGUGCCUUCUUAAUAACACCUUUGUCUUACUCCAGUGGUUUCUUUGGGAGUUAUUCCAGCUGUUUCAUUGGGAUUUGGUAAUCAUGAAGUUUCAAUUUUGUUGGGGAACUGAUUGCCCAGACUGGCUACUUGCUGAGAUAGCAGCUCUUUCUACAUUAACAUCUACCAAACUACAACUUCUUGUUGCUCACGUUGCUGAUACAAUAUUGGGAGAGCCACUAGAUCCUGAAAAAGUAGUUAAAUAUACUGGUCAAGACAACACCAAUGCUUCAUCUCUUGCUGCUGAUGCCCGAGUGGGAGGAAUAAGGUACAUCUUGCUUAGUGCUGUUGGGGCUGAAGUUUCCUGUCCUGUGCUGGAUGCAGAGCUUCAGCAGCUUGGUCUCUCUGUUGAGCAUGCAGCUGCUUUCAUCAAAGUUUAUGAGGAGAAGCAAGCCACCAUCUUAACAAAACUGAGAUUGAGAGAGCGCAUCAAUUGCUGUAGUCGAAAUUUCAGAUCAUCAGUAACUGUGAAGGGUGUGGAAGUUGCUGGUGAAAUAGAGCCCAUAGCUGUGCUGUCAUUCCAAGCAGCUGAUGACGUUGCUACAGUGCAUCUGAACACAGGACCUCGCACCAGGACCACAGUGCACCUCACCACUGUAGAUGUACAUGUCUUGAUACAGCAGCUUAAUGAGGCUCGCAGGAUCAUGAAAUCCUUACAAUCUUGAUCUGAUUAUCACACAUUUUGAUUACAAUAGAUACUAAAAUUAUCGCUCAAAUAUUUAUACAAUAUUUCCUUAAGUAAAUUUAUCUCAACUACAAUUUUAAAAUGUUCUCAUCUUGCAAUAGUUUUUUGAGUUUGUUAAUGAAUAUUAUUAAAAAAAUUCCUGUCAUAACUUUGAUUGAUACUCAAUUUACUCAAGAAUUUAUUUGCCAGUAUUAGAAACAAAUAUAUACAUGUAUCCUGAAUAUUAUUGUAUCCCUGUUUUUUAAUUAUAUGCAUAUUAAUCCUUCUUCCAUAUAUAGCAAAGUUUAAAUGAAAAAUUUCAAAUAAAUGACUAAAUAAAAUUUUUAGUUGUAAUUUAAUUAUGAUGAUUGCAAAUUAUGAUUGUUGCAUGAAAUCCUGACUUGGUUAAGUUUGUUUCUCGUAGUUGUUAUUGGAGCUUCAUGUCUUCCAUUAACAUUGUGCUUAAAUUGUAAUGAUAAAUUUAUAUCUUGUAGAAUUACUGAUGAGUACUAUUCAUUUAUGUUUCAUCUCGGUAAAUUACCCAUGAUUUUAUGAAUAGCAUAUGUAUGUUGAAUCGCAUUUUUAUUUAAAAAAACAUUGUUUAAUGGCUGUGAUAAAAGUUAUGUGCAUUGAAAGCCUACUGGUAUGGAAGUACUCGAUGCUGUACUAACACACUUAUUUUUCCAUAUUCUUUAUUUCCCUCUGGGUUCCUGAGCGCACAAACAUUCUUCUCCUACUUGUCGCCAUAGUUGUACGUUGUGCUAAUGUGUAUGUAUGGAUACGUAUUGUUAAUAUAUGUAUUCCUUUUUAUUGCAUUCCAUGAAAUUAUUAUCUGACAGCAUUAUUGUGUGUUAUCAUGCAGGUCCUGUUAUUUGAGUGAAAUUAAUGCUGUUAUAAGUAUAAAUAUAUAUGUUUGAAUAAAGACUUUUAAAA